CAGAUUUAUCGGUGAUUAGAGUUGAGUGUUCGGUACACGCUCUCGCGACAUUCAAGGCUGUUGAGUGCAGCAUAAGGUGGCAAGAUGGCUCUCUACAACUUUAAAAAGAUUAUGGUGGUGCCCACCGCAAAGGACUUCAUAGACAUCACAUUAUCGAAGACCCAAAGGAAGACCCCCACGGUUGUUCAUAAGCAUUACCAGAUCCACCGAAUCAGGCAUUUUUAUAUGAGGAAGGUGAAAUUCACGCAGCAGAGCUACCAUGACAGACUCACCCAGAUCCUAACUGACUUUCCAAAACUGGAUGACAUUCAUCCUUUCUACGCAGAUCUUAUGAAUGUUCUGUAUGACAAAGAUCAUUACAAGCUGGCAUUGGGACAGAUCAACAUCGCGAAGAACCUCAUUAACAAUGUUGCCAAGGACUAUGUUCGGCUGAUGAAGUACGGAGAUUCUCUUUACCGCUGCAAGCAGUUGAAACGUGCAGCUUUGGGGCGUAUGUGCACCAUUGUCAAGCGACAGAAGCAAAGCUUGGAAUACUUGGAGCAAGUACGUCAGCAUCUUUCCCGUUUGCCAACCAUUGAUCCCAAUACCAGAACCCUUCUGCUCUGUGGGUACCCCAAUGUUGGAAAGUCUAGCUUCAUAAACAAGGUGACCAGAGCUGAUGUUGAAGUGCAGCCCUAUGCCUUCACCACAAAGUCUCUUUUUGUGGGACACAUGGAUUACAAGUACCUGCGCUGGCAGGUAGUGGAUACUCCUGGUAUUCUGGACCAUCCUCUGGAAGAGAGGAACACCAUUGAGAUGCAGGCUAUCACAGCGCUGGCCCACCUGCGCUCUGCCAUCCUCUACGUGAUGGAUGUGUCUGAGCAGUGCGGGCACGCGCUGGAGCAGCAGCUGGAGCUCUUCCACAGCAUCAGACCCUUGUUUGCUAAUAAGCCAUUGAUUGUUGUGGCUAAUAAAUGUGAUGUGAAGAAGAUAGACGAACUCUCUGAGGAAGACCAGAAAAUCUUUGCAGGUUUUGAGGAGGAGGGAAUUCCAGUCAUAGAAACUAGCACCCUGACAGAGGAGGGGGUCAUUCAAGUGAAAACACAGGCUUGUGAUAAAUUGCUGGCUCACCGGGUUGACAGUAAGAUGAGAGGAAAGAAGGUGCAUGAUGUACUGAACAGAUUACAUUUAGCUGUUCCUUCUAAAAGAGAUGAGAAGGUGCGACCUCCUUUCAUUCCAGAGGGGGCUUUGGCGCGCAGGAAAGCAAUGGAAAUUGAUGCACCAAAACGCAAGUUGGAGAGAGAUCUGGAGGUGGAGCUUGGUGAUGAUUACACCCUGGACCUCCAGAAAUACUGGGACUUGCUGAAUGAGAAUGAGAAGCAUGAUAAGAUCCCAGAGAUAUGGGAGGGUCACAAUAUAGCUGAUUAUAUUGAUCCUGAAAUCAUGAAGAAACUUGAAGAUCUGGAGCAGGAAGAGGAGUUGAAAGAGAAAGCCGGAGAGUACGACUCGGAUGAUGAAAGUGAAGACGAGGAGAUGCAGGAGAUCCGGCAGCUGGCCAGCCAGAUCAGAGAGAAAAAGAAACUGAAAAUUAUUGCAUCCAAAGAGAAGGACGUACAUGGACCAAGAAUGCCCAGGACCGUAAAGAAGGUUGAAAGAAAGACUCUUGAAAGAGAGAUGAGUAGCCUUGGUAUUGACAUGAGUGAUAAAGAUGACGCUCACUAUGCUGUCCAGGCCGGCAGAUCAAGAAGUCUCACCAGGAAGCGCAAACGUGAAGCCUCAGAGCCGCCAACAUCCAGAACUCGCAGCCAGAGCGCCUCCCGUCCCCCACGGGACGUCUCCGGGAUUCGGGAUGCUAAGAUGUUGAAAAAGGUUAAGAGGAUGAUGAAGAACUCCCAGAGAGACAUGAAUCGUAUGGGCAAGAAAGGAGAGGCAGACAGACAUGUGUUUGAUCUCAAACCCAAACAUCUGUUUGCAGGCAAGAGAAAGUCAGGCACCAACGACAGAAGAUAAAAGUGAUAUUUCAGUCUUUCGAUACAAACUGAAUUUACUUUCACCGUGUGCUUGGUAUAUUGUCUUCUAGAGAAAAUGCAUAAUUCAAUGGACAGAUUCAAACUCUGCCUUAUAUAUUUGUUUGAGAGACGGGAAUGCUGUAAGCCUACGUAAUCCUCUUGUCUUCCUGAUGUGUUUGAUUCGGUAAUGCAAAGCUGCUCCAGUUUGGGUUUGAAAAGUAACAUUGAGGAUGCACACAAGUCCAGCAUGAACUGUGAUGGAUGUACAUAUUGGAUUACAACUGAAUAUUUAACUGGUUACCAUUUUGUAAACCACUAUUUGCUGUGUAGAUGUAUGUCUGCAGUGUUCAUUAAAAUACUGCGUUUGGCAUGAUUUCCUAAAUACAGGAAGCUCUUUGUAUUUAACCAGUCAAAUAGUGCUUCUGCAUCAGGGUUGGAAAUAACACUCCUAUUACAUAGCAGUUUAACCCAUUCCAGGUUUUAAUAUGAACUUGAUUAGCCACAGUAUAUACUGUAGGUAUCAAGCACAGGUGUCUUAUUAGAUGCACAGUAAAACCAGGCAUGGAUCAAACCGCUAUGCAAUGGAAGUCUCAUUGCCGCCCCUGAUCAGCAUCAGUACUUCCUACCUGUCUACAAAAGGGCCUUGUUGGAAAGUCUUGAGUAGAAACUGGUUUUCAACUAGUAACAUGUUACCUUGUUUUGUGCCAUGUUCCUAAGUAGUUGUAUAUUGUAUCCAUGCCUUUCAGCAUUUUCAUCACAGACUCCGAUUGCCAAUAAUGAUGGACUUGCUUACCAGGUUAAAGAUUAGUGCUCAUCAAGAUUAGGUGUCUGUUUGUCAUACAUUCUGAGGGGAGGUAUUAUUAUUAUUUGUUUAUUUAGCAGACGCCUUUAUCCAAGGCGACUUACAGAGACGGGUGUGUGAACUAUGCAUCAGGUAUUGAAGAAACUGACUGGGAAGAGCUGCAGCUGUAUUUCUUCUAGAACAGUUCACAGUGCCAGGGAUAGACCUGGAUUGUAAAUGUGGUGUGGUAAUUCCAGGAUAAGCACGGGUGGACAGUUGAUUCAGUCCUUGGUGCAUUCAUAGUGCUGGACAAGGCUCUUAAAAAGAAAACAAACUUUUUAUUCCGGCCAGGAAAUGAAGUAGACAGAUGUUUGGGGGUAAUUCCUGUAUACUUGGGGAAAUUUGCUUAUGCCAUGUUGUUUAAAAAUAUUCCAUGUUAAUUUGAGAUACAUACACUUUAAAUGUAUGCAUAGUAUUUGGAAGUUAUUGUACUGUAUAAUUUGUAUGCUUUUACAUUUUUGGUCAGGCAUUGGGUAUGGUGAAAUGUAAACUUCAAGUGAAGUUAAACCACGUCUCUAUUAAAAAUAUCUCUUCUCCAUGACUGUAGACAUGCUCUUCUACAUUGUGCCUUUUUAAAUGGACAGUAAAUCAAUCACACUAAUAUUCCUAAUGAAUUUGGAGUUGUGUAAAGCCAUGAUUUCCUGUCACGAUUUGCAUUGGAACUAGGCAUAGAUAAAGUGGUAAAUGACAGGAUGGGGGGUUUAAGGGUCAUCUUUGGGUUAUGCUUGGAUUGUUCCUUGUUCAGGGGGUGUUCUGAAUGGUUUAAUUGAACCAGUUAAGCCUCCAUCCAGACCCUGAAGUACUUAAUUAUCUAAUGUUAUCCGUUAAUCCUGGAGUGGAAUUGGACAGCCCUGUCCCAGUUUAUUUUAUUUGAUAAGAGACAGAACUGUACUUGUGAUAUCCAUGCCACAUAUAGUUUUGAUCACAGUGGUACAGCACAGUAGAGUUAAGUCACUGUCUGUGUGCUUAUAGGUACGUCAGAGACAUACUGACAUGAUGCUAGGUAAAGGGGCAGAGGUUUAUGCAGCUUAGCAUUCUGUUAACUGCUAGCUGCAUACACCACCACUGUACUAUUAUAAAUAAAUUAUAGUGCCAGCAGGGAAGUACUUUGAAGCACUGUUUGUAUGCUUCUGUUUUGCUGACUGUCUGGCAGGAACCAGCUGAGUGUCCAGUUUAAGGACCUCCUUCUUUUAAUGUUAAAUAUAAAGUACAGCACGCCGGUCACAGUACAGACCUUUUAGUUUUAAAUAAUGUCACUUAUCAAUAUACAGUAUUAAUUCAGCAUUUUGAUAUUAAGACAAUGAUGGAAUCUAUCAUUACUUACUGUAUACACCACCAUACGGUUUGUGUAACUCCAUUAAAAAAAAAAAAAAUACAA